UGUGAAUCAACUUGGAGGAAACCGACUCGAUUGAAUCUUCUAAGCGCUUCGGGUGUUUGAUGUAGUUCGACGGAAUGGCCAUCAGAGGCGUCGAUUUCAAGUGGUAUGAUGGAUUCUUCAUGUCCAUGCUCGCGACAAGUGUAAUCAUUGUUUCGAUCAAUUGGAAGCGUUAUCAUCUCUGUACAUAUCCUUUGCAUUUAUGGAUUGUGGUUGACUAUACCACUGUCUUUGUUUUCCGGCUAUUAAUGUUUCUCGAUAAUGGCCUUGCUGCGGGGAUGGGUUUGGAUCUUGGGUGGCAGCAAAGAUAUGCUCGCUUCUGUGGAAGAAUUGUGGUUCUUUCAAUUCUUUCACUGCUACUUUAUCCGUUCCUUUGGGCUUGGACUGUAAUUGGGACCCUUUGGUUUACAAGUGCAAGAAGCUGUUUGCCUGAGGAAAGUCAGAAAUGGGGUUUCCUUAUUUGGUUGCUUUUCAGCUAUUGUGGUCUCAUUUGCAUUGCCUGCAUCUCCACAGGAAAGUGGUUGGUACGAAGGCAAGCGCAUCUGCUACGUGCUCAACAAGGGAUUCCGAUUUCAGAACAUGGUGUUUUGGUUGACAUGAUCCGGGUACCUGAUUGGGCUUUUGAAGCUGCUGGUCAGGAGAUGAGAGGGAUGGGCCAAGAUACAGCUGCAUACCAUCCAGGACUUUACUUGACAGCAACCCAGAGAGAAGCAGUGGAGGCACUUAUACAGGAACUUCCGAAGUUUAGGCUAAAAUCUGUUCCAACUGAUUGCAGUGAAUGCCCUAUCUGCCUUGAAGAGUUCCGUGUAGGUAAUGAGGUUCGUGGGCUCCCAUGUGCUCACAAUUUCCAUGUAGAGUGCAUUGAUGAGUGGCUUCGGCUGAAUGUAAAGUGUCCACGUUGCCGAUGCUCUGUCUUCCCUAACCUUGACCUCAGUGCCCUCUCCAAUUUCCAUGCUGAUUCUGGACGGACGUCUGCCAGUGCUGUGACCACCACAAGCUAUGUGCGAGCUCAGCCUGUUGGCCAGAGUUAUCUGUUGAGGUUGCAGGGACUGCUCAGACCAAUCCGAACGGAGAAUGCCGUACCAGGCAAUGAUGUGGAAAGUGCGUUGGCAGCUGCUGAGGAUGGAAGAUUGGCGACAGUGACUCAAAAUCCCACCAGCAUUACUCAUGCUCCAGUGAUGGAAUGCAUAGUUGUUGACCAGUCAACCCAGCUUCAACAUUAACAGUACCCGAUUCAUAGUCUA